GCCUCCGGUUAUCCCAAGACAGUUAUAUGGAUGAAAGAGGUAGUGAGGGAAACUGAGGGGGUCACUAGAGAUAAUGCCAAAGUUUCGAGGGGCAUAGGCGGAUGAGGCGGUGCUACGGCGGAAAUAGGUUUUGAGGUUAAAGGGCUCAUGCGAUGAGUAGUUGGGUGGUGAAAAUGGUGGUGUAAAGCAGGUCCAAUGGAUCAAGUUUAUGGAGAUGGAUCUUAUUAAGUUGCUAGGACCUGCUGACAUGGACAAAAUAUUACAGGGGUUUGACUGCCACAGUAGAAGGCCAACCCCGGUGGCAAAUGGGGCAAAUGUAAAUAAUAUACAAAAAAGUAUAAUGGGGCAAAUGUAAAUAAUAUAUCAUAGUAAAUGGGUUAUUCCGGACCUUUUCCCUAUGUUUUAAUCAUCCAUAAGAUAUAAAAUUUCAAAUAAAAUAGGAGUCUUUUAAUAAAAGAAAGUGGUGCAUAAUUUGGUAGGUUGACAUCAGACAGUCUUGUUCUUACUUUCCCUUUUCCACGACAGUCUUCAAAUCUGUACAGAAAUCUCCCUCCAAUUGCUCCGCCCUACUAUAUCCAUACAUGCUGUAUGCGUACUCAUUGAUGCUUGGUGUGUAGCAGAAUUCGCUAGUAAAGAUUCAAGAUUUACGUGGUGAAAUGAGAGGCGCAGAUUUUAAGUGGUAUGAUGGGUUUUUCUUGUCAAUGUUAGCAACUAGUAUAAUCAUUGUGGCGAUAAAUUGGAAGCGGUACCAUCUUUGUAUAUACCCUUUGCACAUUUGGAUUGUGGUUGACUACACAACGGUAUUUCUUUUCCGGCUCUUGAUGUUUGUUGAUAAUGGACUUGCUGCUGGAAUGGGAUUGGAUUUGGGUUGGCAGCAGAGAUAUACUCGCUUUCGUGGAAGAAUAGUUGUUCUUUCACUUCUUGCCCUGUUCCUGUAUCCCUUUCUUUGGGCUUGGACCAUUAUUGGGACUUUAUGGUUCACUAGUGCGAGAAACUGUUUGCCAGAAGAAGGUCAAAAAUGGGGUUUCCUUAUUUGGUUGCUAUUCAGCUACUGCGGACUCCUUGGCAUAGCUUGCAUAUCAACUGGGAAGUGGUUAACUAGAAGACAAGCCCAUUCAUUACGUGCUCAACAAGGAAUUCCUACUUCUGAAUUCGGGGUGUUGGUUGACAUGAUCAGAGUGCCAGAUUGGACGUUUGCAGCAGCAGGCCAGGAGAUGAGAGGAAUGGGCCAAGAUGCUACUUCAUACCAUCCAGGAGUUUAUUUAACCCAAGCUCAGAGAGAAGCAGUGGAAGCACUUAUUCAGGAACUACCAAAGUUCAGGCUGAAGGCUGUUCCUACUGACUGUAGUGAGUGCCCUAUCUGUUUGGAAGAGUUUCGCGUGGGAAACGAGGUUCGUGGUCUGCCUUGUGCUCACAACUUCCACGUGGAAUGCAUUGAUGAGUGGCUUCGGCUAAACGUGAAGUGCCCUAGAUGCCGCUCUUCUGUUUUCCCAAAUCUUGAUCUAAGUGCUUUAUCAAAUAUCCGAGCUGACUUAGAGAAUUCAACAGCCAACGUUGUGACAGAAGCUCGGUAUAUGAGAUCUCAACCCUCCAGCCAGAGCUACCUGCUGAGAUUGCAAGGUUUGCUCCGCCCAGUGCGCACGCAGGACGCUGGGGUGGGCAGUGAGGUAGAUGCAACUUCAGGAACAGCUGAAAGCAGAAACCAAGCAUUGACACCUCAUCAUCAGGGAAACAUGGAGCCUGUACAAGUUGUGGUAGAACAGUCCCCAAGGGAGUAAUAACCAUUUCUUCUUUGGAGGUCCCUAACAGGCUGAAAUGUCCAACUUGGUGAUUUGUGGUAACUCCUAGCCAUUGUUUUCUCAUUGUAAUCAAAAUUCAUGGAUUGAAAAGCUAAAAAUGCAUUUGAUGGAAGGAAAUGUGUUGGCAAUGAUUUAUACUCGUGGCGAGUUUGUUCUAGUA